AUGUUCGUUCCUAUUGCCAAUUUCACCUUUUCAUUCAGGGAAAAAAAUUACGCGUACGUAAUAAUAAACAAUCGAUAUUCAAAUAUAGUCCCAGAAGAUUUGUACAUAGUUAGACGCUCCUCUCCACCAGACUAUACAAUGAGCUCUAUAGGAAAUAACCUAACGGCAUCACUGUCACCGAGUGGCUCGGACCUCAGAGACAUCAAUACCGCUGAUUUAAGAUUAAAUGCUAGGACGCUGUUCGUGAAAAGCUCAUCACCGGCAGUAACACCAAGGGACCGGCCCUUCGAUGAUUUCGCCCUGCCCAUCAAUCCGUCACGGGUUACAAAGAAGAGGGGGUCAAAGGCCCCAAGGAGGACGACACAGACCCAACGUACGGACCCCUGGGAUUUCAAGAGUGUCGUAAGAGAUAUGUUCAAUGACGAAAUACUCCGCGACCAACACAUCGACAUUAAAUCUCUGCACUGGAGGCGAACACCGGAUAAAUUGCGUCAGUGUAUACUCCGGAUCGUGGAAGGUAAUAUAGAACACUCGCUUGAGGAAACGUUUGCUGAGUGUGAUUCGGAAUUGAACGAAGUGCUGAACUACGACAGAACGGAGCUCGAUAAAGUGCACAAGGUGAAAAGGAAACUGAUGGGGAAGAUUGUAGAGAAGAUGUCGAACAAGCUGGAAGAAUGCCGGUUCCCAGCGGAGGUGAAUGGCGAGGACCUAGACAUUGAGUACGUGUUCGCUAAGAGGAAGUAUAUACAGGAGAAGCACCAGCAGGAAUUGCAAGAUGUGGAGAGACUCGAGCUGGAGAUCAUCAAGGAGAGGAACAAACUUAGAGAGACGAAGGACUUGCUGGCCAAACUGAAGACGAGCGAUACAAAGAUUUUGAAGGAUAAUCUCUUGAAGGGUAAUUUGCACCCUCUGCUGAACACUGCAUUACAAAACACUUACGGCUUGAUGACAGACCCAGAAAAGGACGAGACAGACAGAAGCAGAGUCUCGCCACUUUCCAAAGACAUUGCCAAAUUCAACCUGGUGAUACCUACGCGGGUCAAAACAACUUUACCGCAGGAUCCGGAACAUUCGCGGCUCGCGCAGAGUAAAUUGCCCGCCCUAGCAGCGUACGAGGGCCUCUCAGCCAAAUUGAACGAUACACUCGCGACGUAUCUUGAAAAAGCAGAAUCGCAAACCAUCUCAGAGUUUCUCGCAAACCAAGAUUCAGACCGCAUCUAA